AUGCGCGAGAUAUCAUGGUUAUUGAUUAUAGUUGCAUUUAUGAUCGAUUAUAAUUUCAAUGAAUUUCAAUCAUUGAGUCCAUUUAUAUUAAUGAAUAAUUUUGAUAAGCAAAUUAUUAGCAAAAUAAUGGUAAAAGGAGUAAAAAGCAAGAGAAAAGCUAAAGAAAUGGCAUCAACGAUUGCUAAUAUUGAAAGCACCGAUUUGAGACGUCGAAAUUUUCUACCCAGCCGUGAUAUUAUUACAAGCACUGUUAUUGCUUCACCAAUUAACCCGUGUGAUGAAAAAAAUGCACCAAAUUAUAUGAUUUAUUGUCAGGGUGAAUUGUUACAUACUGUAUUAUUAAGUAAUAUUUUCAACGAUUCAAAAACAUUUGUGGAUAAACCAAUUAAAAAAGAACCAGAUGAAAUAAUUAGUACAUUUAAUCAAAAAUUUUCUAAUCAAAUUACCAUCAAUGAUCGAGAAGCACUGAUAUCAUUUGUGGAUGAAUAUUUUGAUACCGAAGGAAGUGAUAUUCAGGAAUGUCCAGAAGAUACGAUGAAAGAUUGGAAUGGUGAACCGGAAUAUUUGAUAGCAAUCGAAGAUAGAGAAUUGUCAAUUUGCUUUGGAAAUUCAUGCACUAUGGAAAAAAUUAUGUUAUAUCGUUAA